AUGUCUAACUCAGUCGACUGGGAUCUAGAUAACGUCAUCAAGUCUCACGAGUUGAAACCCAUGUCUAGCACGAAUGGCAAAGGAAAACGCUCGGGUGCUGAGAUCGGUCAUGUUCCGCGCCGUACGAUCGGCCCGCGAUGGACGCUCGUCAAUCGUCCACGUCACCCACCGCGCGCCCACCCAAACCUGGAUCAAACCCGACCUGACCCCGACCGACAGAGCAACCCGUUCUCGUCUCGACGCAGGAGCCCGCGGGCGGAGGCGACCAUCGCGACGGACUCGGGCGGCGAUCGGGCGGCGUGCAACGCCGGCGACGUCGCGGAGCGCCGCGGCCAUGCCGCCGGCGGCUCCUCUCCUCCUGCAAGGAUUGCUAUUUUAGGGGUUGGGUUUGACAAUAUGGCACCGAAAGAAGCUCCGAAAGAGGCUAUGUUUCAAAUGCGUUUUGGAGCAAAGCGGCUUGCGAAAGUUGUUCAAAAAAACAUGAAUGAUGCCAAGAGAGCUAUCAUCGCCAAGACUGCUUUCAAGCCAUUGCUCAAAGUGGCUUCAUUUGCAGCACCUCCAAUGGAGCUCAUUGAGUAUGUGGUGAAGCACACAAAUCCCAAGCUAAGGGAGUUCAGGCACAAGAACAAGAGUAUUUUGUUCACAAGGGAGAUGGUGGUUAAGGUUCUUGGCGUGCCUUCCGGUAAUAGGGACAUGGUAUAUCUAAAGAGGACUCAACAAUCUGACCUUCGGGAUAUGUUCAAGAACGAGAAGGGACGUGCGACAAUUGCUAAAGCCAUUGAGGUGUUGGAGAAUUGUGAAGAUACAAAUGAGGCACUUGUUGUUCAGAGCUUUGGUCUCAUAGCUUUUGCCACUGUGCUUUGUCCUGGCACCGGUAACUUGGUCAAAUGUGAGUAUUUGGGUAUUUUGAUGGAUGCCAAUGAGAUUGGCCAGUAUGCCAUUGAUGAGCAUAUACUUAAAGAGACGAUGGGCGAGGUUGGGUUGUUCAAAGAGAAGCUGUUGAAUCGUUCCAAACUUGAUCCUUCGCAGAUUGUGUGGAUUGCGAUGUGCCUUCCCAUGCUCGCGACCAUAUACAUGGACUUCCUUAGCUUCCCACCUUUGGCCCCUAAAGAGCACACCAUCAACCGUAGCAUCCCUAGAUUUUGCCACGUGUGUGAUGAUGAUUUCCGGCUUGUUGUUGACAUUGAUAAGAACAAGCUGAGUCUUGACCCGGCAGCUUUUGGGGUUCGACCACUCUUGCAUUUAUCAGAAACUUUGUAUGCUGUGGUAGCUCCCACCGAUGGAAAUCUGCCUCAUGCUGAUCCUGGUGUAGUAGGGGAUGAUGGCUUGGGUAGUGAGGAGGUUGAUGUUAACCCCUCAGCAUCACUGAAUGAGUGGCUUGAAAAAGGGUUUGCAAGCAGCGAAGAGCUGCAGGUGCCCGAACAUUUGCAAGGACUGUACAACAAGCACAAUGCUCUUUAUGCAACUGAUGUGGCUGCUGGAUUGCACAACUUUGGGGAGUUUUUGAAGGCUUCAAAUGCAAAGUGUAUGGCAGCAUUGCUGGUGGAUGUUCAUGCUGCUAAUGUUGCAUCCAGCAGCUUCACUAUCCCAUGCCCUGCAGCUCCUGAUGUACAUGCAAAGGAGCCAAGCCCAAUCGUGGUUGAGGAAGAUCGGACUCACAAUGUUGUGAAUGAUGAUGCGAUGGAUAUUGGCGAGGUUUCUAACAAGACUUCUCCGGUGCCUUCUCCGGAGCACUCUACCAAGCCUUCUCCAGUUCCUUCUCCGGAGCACACUCAUGUGCCUUCUCCGGAGCACACUCAUGAGGCUUGCCUGGUUACUUCUUCUGUGCCUUCUCCGGUGCGCACUAGUGUGCCUUCUCCAGUCCCCAGUUGUGCUGCUACCCUGGUGCCUUCUCCACAAAACAUUUCUCAUGUGCAAAGCCCAUCAAGUGGUGAUGAGUCGCCCAGAAUUAAAUCUCCAAGCAAAUACCCGGCUGGCUUUUGGGAUGAUGUUCCAAAAAUUGAUUUGUUUCCUGAUGGAUCUGAGGAGGCAAAGUUCUUCGCUACAAUUCCUGAUGUUGCAGCUACAAGUGGAGGUUCUUGUGUUGUCGUGACACCGGUGCGCAAAGAGGACGUGCCACAACCCAUCGUACCUGCUGCAUCUACUCUCCAGGAAGCCAAAGGAAAUGCUUCUAGUGGUCCAGACACACAUGAUAAGAAGCAACGCCAAAAGAGGGCUGCAAAGGACAUUGAUACACCUCCCAAGGUGAAGAAGAUGAAACUUUCAGACACUCAUCAAUCCACUUACCGCAAAUACAUUGGGCAUAGUCGCAAAUUGAGGCCACCGAAGAAGGGUGUUGAUCCUAAACCCUUUGUUCAUAUUGGUAACUUCUUUGUCUCAUACAAAAAGUUUCAAGCCGUGUUCAAGCCACGCCAGCACAUGGACAAUCAAGUCAUGUCCCUUUAUGUUGAGAAGUUCAACAUCGAGAAUAAAUUGCAAGCCUCUACCAACAAAAGGUGUCGUAAGAAGUUCGCAUUUUCUGUGCAUAUGACUUCUGAACUUAUCAAGGAUCCUGCGAAGUUCCAAACAAAGGAUGUUAUCCAAGAGUUCAAGAUUGCUUGUGAAAAAUACAAGAUAUCAAAAAUGGAUCUGCUUUGGUUCCCAAUUGUACAUGAGAAGCACUGGGCCACUUGUUGCAUAAAUCUUCUGCACUCGCAAAUCAACUCGUUUGAUUCUAUCAAACCAUCAAAGAAAGGAGGUUCCAUGGAGUCUGCCAUGAACAACCUGUUUCCAAUCAUAUGUUUUUGCUGUCUUACUUCAUAA